AUGGAGGACCGCCGCGGGUACCAAGAGGCCGUGCAGUGCCUGAUGCAAAAGCCGUCGCGGUACGGGCUGCCGGGCCCCAAGACGCUGUGGGACGACUACGGCGUGCUGCACUACUACCAGACACCGUACGUGCACGACGACGCGACGUUCUUGCUGUGGCACCGGCACUUCAACUGGGUGCUGGAGCAGGACCUGGCCGAGCACUGCGGCUACCACGGCACGUUUCCGUAUUGGGAGUGGGGGCUGGACUGCGGGCACCUUGACGCGUCGCCGCUGUUUGACGGCAGCGAGACGUCGCUGGGCAGCAACGGCGCGUUUGUCAAGAACCACCGAGCGGCGAUUGGCGGCGCGAAGCCGGGGACGGGCGGCGGGUGCGUGACGAAAGGCCCGUUUGCGAACCUGACGGUCAACAUUGGGCCGACGGAGGCGCGCAACCCGCUGGCGUACAACCCGCGCUGCCUCAAGCGCGACCUCAACGACGACGUGUGCCGCAAGUGGGCGUCGCUGCGUAACGCGACGGAGCUUGUGCUGUACACGAGCACGGUGGGCGUGUUCCAGAGCGCGGCGCAGGGCGAGGGCGUGCGCGGCGACGGCGGGCACACGUUUGGGACGGGCGUGCACAGCGGCGGGCACUUUUCCAUCAGCGGCGACCCGGGCAGCGACUUCCACUUCUCGGCGCUCGAGCCGGGCUUCUACCCGCACCACGCCAACCUCGACCGGCUGCACUUUAUCUGGCAGAACCUCGACUGGGCCGCGCGGCAGACGAUUGCGGGGACCAACACCAUGUUCAACCUGCCGCCGACGCCCAACGCCGUGCUGACGGACAACAUGGGCUUUGAGCCGCUGCACCGGAACAUUACCAUCCAGGCGGCCAUGGACACGGUGGGCGGGACACCGCUGUGCUUUGUGUAUGAGCCGUGGUAG